AUUUGAAGUGUAGUUGGCAUUUGUCAUUUGGUCGCUUGCUGGUGGUCCGUCCGCGAACACAUUUUGUAAAUCAGUAUCAACAAAAACAUGCGGUAAUAUCUUUUCGAAAGGAAUUUACUUGACUGUUGACCACUUUACGGAAAAUCGAAUUGUUCACAUUGUUUUAAUUCUAAAGUGCUAUAAGACUACACAAUGGAGAGUUACAUAAUGGAAUUAUUUAAAGGGGGUGAGCUAAAAGAUAAUUUGAUGCUCGGCGUCGGUAACCCUCUUCUGGACAUCUCGGUGUCUGUUGACAAUGAUUUUCUGAAGAAAUAUGAUCUUAAUCCCAAUGAUGCUGUGAUGGCCGAGAAGAAACACUGGCCUCUGUACAAAGAACUCGUUGAAAAGUUCACCCCAACGUACAUAGCCGGAGGCAGUGUCCAGAACUCGGUUAGAGUCGCUCAAUGGAUUCUGAAGAGGCCCAAAGUGUGCACGUACUUCGGCUGCGUUGGAGACGAUGAAUACGCACAGAUAUUAAGGAGUAAAGCUGAAGAAGAUGGAGUGAACGUUAUGUACCAGGUUACUGAUAAGAAGCCGACGGGUACUUGUGCGGUGCUCCUAACGGACCAGGGCAACCACCGGUCGCUAUGCGCGAACCUCGCCGCCGCCCAGGAGUUCACGCCUGACCAUGUUCAGAAACCGGAGACCUUGGCCGUCAUUGAGCAGGCCAAACUCAUUUAUGUGUCGGGCUUCUUCCUGGCCGUGUCUCCCGAGACGGUGAUGAUCUUAGCGAAGAAGGCGCACGAGGACGGCAAGGUGUUCGCCUUCAACAUCAGCGCGCCCUUCGUGCUCGAGUUCUACAAGAAGCCGCUCGAAGACAUACUGCCCUACGUCGACAUAUUGUUCGGCAACGACGUGGAAAUGGAAGGCUUCACAAAAUUCUUCGGAAUGGCAACUGGUAAAGUAGAACUCGCGCUCGAAUUAGCCGCUCUUAACAAAUUGAACCCCAGCAGAGGCCGAGUAGUGGUCAUGACUAGAGGUCCAAAUAACGUGAUCCUAGCACGCGACGGUACGACGGAAGAGAUCCCAGUCACGCCGUUGGCACAGAGCCAAAUUGUAGAUACAAACGGAGCUGGGGAUGCCUUCACCGGAGGAUUUUUAAGUCAAGUAGUUAGAGGUAAAUCGUUCAAGGAUUGUGUUAACUGUGGCAUAUACGCGGCUGGAUAUAUUAUACAGCAAUCAGGGUGCUCGUUUCAAGGCCCAAGUGGAUAUUGCGAUUGCUAAUUAGCUUAAAGCACGGUUUAGGGACACAUGACAGAUGCGACUUGAUUUUUGCAGAAUCUAGGUCACUUUUUAAAUUGGGUCUUUAUGAGUAUGACUCAUUUGAUAUUUCACAGAAAUAAGUACAUCAGCCUCAAGAGAUGGUCAUCGAAAAUACUAGAUAUUUUGGAACCCACAUAAAUGUUGAAAAAAUUAAAUACAUAAAUAUAGAAUCCAUGUGUCCAAUAAACCGUGAAGCCUUAUUCUUCCAUUAGUUUGACACGGCAAUAAUGUACAUAGUGCAGGUAAAUAAUAGUGACGCACAAUAUUGUAUUUAAAUAAAUCUUUAGGGCUAUUGUUAUUUUCUACGCUCACAUGCUAAAAGUUCUCGAAUAUUUAGGGUGUAUGUGGAUUGCAACUUCAAUACAGAACAUCGCUCAAUGGUCUAGCUGUACUUUUUAACCAACUUCUAAAAAAGGAGUAGGUUCUGGAUUCUGUUUUGGCUAUUGAGUCUUUUAUGGUGGUAUUACAUUAUCGAUCCAAUGUAUAUUUGAUCGAAAUAAGUUUAAUGAUGAAGAACAUCUCUAUUUCUUAAUUUACGUAACACUAAACAAUGUUCAACGAAUAAACGAACGUUAUUGAACAAGUGUUGUCCUUAAUGAACUUUGAUAUAGGUACUCAGCAGUAAAAUUGCAUAUUGGGUAUCUGUAAUACCACCACUUCUUAACUACCUCGUUAAUGGUUGCACAUCCAGAUAUACACCUUCGAAAGUUAGCUGCAAAAGUUUUCAUAAUAGUUUUGUAAUAAAUAUCAAGGUUUAAAUUAAUUUUAAAGCAGUGUAUCGAAUAAUAGUGUGAACUUUGUUGCUGGCUGUACAUAAAAAAAAAAACAAUAAUAGACUACAAAUAAAGUUUAGUUUUUAAUAGCUGAAUGUGAUUUACUUUGAAUCUAGUUUCAGUAAAAUGAUAAGUUUACCAUACUCCAAUCCAGUGGAACUGUGAUAGGGUGUGACCAAAUAAGCUUUGUGUUAAUUAAUUUACAUUUUUAACAUGUGUUUAACUUAUUCUGACUGUGAAAUCUAUAAACAUUCUAUACUAAUUUGUGAAAGUCCUGUAUUUGUCAGUUGUAAUAAAAGUACAGAUGCCAGCAGGUCAACCUACCCGAAUCUGUCAAAUUUUAAAAUAUCAAUCGAAAAUUCACUUUCCACUAUUGUGAUAAGGUUGAAAAUCUAUUGACGAAAUUUGACAGAUUGAGCGAGGUUCACAAGGUAAAGGUCUGUACACAAUGGUACAUACAACUAAUCAGCAUAUCAAUAACACUUUCGAAUAUAAAACGGGCUUAUUAGUUAAUAGCUAUAUUCUCAAGCAAAAUGUAAUAGUAUUAUAAAUAGAUCUGAUUUCAACAAACUAACCGUGUAAUAGAAUAAAUUUGCAAUUAUAAAAUUAGGUAAAAAUAGUGUGCCUUCACUGUGCUAGAAAUAUCCACUAUAGUUGUAUUAACACACUUAUUGAGCAAGGCUCUAUGAUUUUGAGGAAAAUUGUGUCUAUGCAGGACUAUUUUUUAACUGGUAAAACUUAUAUUGAUUUACAUUUAGGAGUGAGGUAUAAAGUCGAAUAGCACCAUUCCUUUUCACGAUAGUAUCUGGAUCAUCGCAGCAAUACGAACUUUAUAGAAAUAUACACUUGUUUGUGCGAAAAAGUAUGUUUUACAGACCUGGUGAAAUUCAUAUAUUUUUUAAUUUCCAGCUUAUUCAAAUCAUAAAAUUCGCUAUAAAUUGUGUAACAAAAACAACUUACUUUCUAUGAAAAGUCUUUAAUCAUGCCCUCUGGGCAACUUACUAUACUAUACUUAAUCUAUGAAGAUGUCAACGAUCAGGAACUAUGUAUUUUAAGGCAUUAGUCAACUUCUACAAAUAAAGGAUCUUACAAAAAAAAAUGCCAUCAGCAGUCUUAAAAUAACAAUUUAAAUUUUAUAAAAAGUUUUAAUCUAGGCCUCUGGGCACUUUAAAUUUUGAUCAAGAUUCAAAUCAAGGAUAAUUAUUAACUAUGAAGAUGUCAAUGAUCAGGAACUACAUUUUUUAUGGCUUUAGUCAACUUAUACAAAUAAAUGAUCUUACAAAAAAAAGUCUACAGCAGUCUCAAAAUUAAAGCAAUCGAAAAUAUAAUACUUAUAUACUAAAUAGGGCUUCAUCAAGUUUGCUUUGACCCCACAUUCGCCUUCCAAACAUCUGGAAUUCAUGAUGUAGCGGAGACAUACAAAAUUUAAACUUACGUAUUAUAAAAUAAAUGGCACAUUAUUAAAGAGCUCGCUUUUUUGGGUUGAAAUAUACUUAAGUUACUGCAGACAAUCAUACUCCCUGAAGCUUUUGAACAGCUUAGGCAACCAGUACCAAGAUCAUGUUCAAAACUUAUACAUUAUCCUUACUUAUUUUUGUUUGUAUGAUUUAAGUCAAUGUAAUGUGUGAAAUGAAAACAUAGUCAUGUCAUAGAUUUUAGAUACUUAAACAAAACAAUAAUAAACUCUUAAAUACAAUUUACAAAGAAAUAAAGCAACAUUUUACUGUUUUAUACAAUAAUAAUCUAGAAAUACAUGUUCAACACGUACUUGUUACAUCAAAGUCAAUUUGGGGUUGAAUUUAAAAAGACUAUAGCAUAUCGCACAAUAUGUACGUCCCAGUCUGGGGCUUUAUCUUGCUCAUCGCCCAGUAGAGGCAUACACCUGUAUACCUCUAAAAUGAUGAAAUCCUUCAAGGUAUGCAGUACUUUUGAGAAGCUUCUUGUGAUCCGUGUAGAUAGUCUGUCAUUGAUACAGUUUUGAUGUUUGCAGAUGACACAUCCAGGUUUUAUUUUUGUUUUAAUACUUGGUGCCCUGUAAGUGUACAUAUAGCAGUUGUGAUGUACUUAUAUUUGUAUUAUUGUUGUCUAAUAAACAUGUUUUGUAUCAA